CGUGUGCGCCAGGAGGAAGAGGCGGCCCGGCUGGCGGAAGAGGUGGAGGCGACCAGGGCGGCGGAUGCGGAGCGGCGGAAAGCGGAGCGGCUAGCGCGCCGCGCAGAAGCAAAGCGGCAGGGCCUCAUCCUCACCGGCAAGGCCAAGAAGGAGGCGGAGCGCCUGGCCGCCAUGCGCGAGCAGAUCCUCAAGAACGCCAACCUUGAUGAAGUUGGUGCGGCCCCUACCCCAACUAAGGAGAGGUCUGCACCAAAGAAGGUGGUGUAUGGGAGGAAGAAGUCGGCAAAGAGGCAGGACAGCGGCGAGGCCAAGACGGCGGAGGAGAUGGAGCAGGAAGCUGCUGCUGCCAAGGCUGCGCUCGAAGCUCAGCGGCAACAGGAGGAGGAGCAGAGAAGGCAGGAGGAAGAGGCCAGGAAGGCGGAGGAAGAGGCGGCUGCGCGUGCAGCAGCGGAGGCACACGUGUCAGAGUCAGAGGAGGACACCAACUGGGAGGACAUGGACCUGGAUGCAGUCAAGCUUCCUGGCAUCGAGGAGGAGCCCAGCCCUGCAGAGGUUGCCAAGAGGGCCGCAGCUGACGCAGCUGCAGAGGACUCCUCCUCGGAGGAUUACAGCAGCUCGGAGGUGGACAGCGAGGAGGCGAGGGAGAAUGAGCAGCGGGACCGGCUCAAAAAGGUGCAGGCAGAAGCCAAUGCCCGCCUCAAGGCCGCCAAGGAGGCUGGCUCGCGGGACGUCCUGCGCUCUCCAAUCUGCUGCAUCCUGGGCCACGUCGACACUGGCAAGACGAAGCUGCUGGACAACGUACGGCGGACGACUGUGCAGGAGGGUGAGGCAGGCGGCAUCACGCAGCAAAUCGGCGCCACCUACGUCCCUGGCGACGCCAUCUGCAUGCGCACAGAGGCCCUGCGCAAGGGCAAGGAGUUUGAGCUCAAGCUGCCCGGCCUCCUCAUCAUCGACACCCCAGGUCACGAGUCGUUUACGAACCUGCGCUCGCGCGGCUCCGGGCUGUGCGACAUUGCCAUCCUGGUGGUGGACAUCAUGCACGGCAUGGAGCAGCAGACCAUGGAGUCCAUCAACCUGCUCAAGAUGCGCAACACCCCCUUCAUCGUCGCCCUCAACAAGGUGGACCGGCUGUUUGAGUGGCAGGCCGUCAAGGACGCGCCGAUCAUGGAGGCCCUGGAGCGGCAGAAGCCGCAUGUGAAGGCCCAGUUUGAGCAGCGCCUGCAGCAGAGCAUCCUCAACCUCAACGAGCAGGGCCUCAACGUGGCGCUGUACUGGAAGAACCCGGACAAGAGGAAAUAUGUCAACAUUGUGCCCACGUCCGCCAUCUCCGGGGAGGGCAUCCCCGACAUGCUCCAGCUGCUUGUCCGCCUCACCCAGGACAUGAUGUCGGAGCGGCUGAUGUUCAUCAGCGAGCUGCAGUGCACGGUGCUGGAGGUGAAGGUGGUGGAGGGCCUGGGCACCACUGUGGACGUCGUCCUGGUCAACGGCGUGCUGCACGAGGGCGACACCAUCGUCCUCUGCGGCAUGAAUGGCCCCAUCGUCACCAACAUCCGCUCCCUGCUCACUCCCCACCCCCUCAAGGAGCUGCGAGUGAAGGGCAGCUACGUGCACCACAAGGAGAUCCAGGCAGCGCAGGGCGUCAAGCUCGCUGCGCAGAACCUGGAGACGGCGGUGGCGGGCACGCAGCUGCACGUGCUGCACAAGCCUGAAGACCUGGAGGGGCUCAAGCUGCUGGCCAUGAAGGACAUGGAGGACAUCUUCAAGUCUGUCGACCGCUCCGGGGAGGGCGUGUGCGUGCAGGCGAGCACGCUGGGGUCGCUGGAAGCGCUGCUUGAGUUUUUGCGGUCGCCGGCCGUGAAGAUCCCGGUGUCGGGCAUUGCGAUCGGCCCCAUCCACAAGAAGGACGUGAUGCGCGCAAGCGUGAUGCUGGAGAAGGGCCGCCAGAAGUUUGCGGUCAUCCUGGCCUUUGACGUGCCCGUGACCAAGGAGGCGCGCGAGCUGGCCGAGUCCCUGGGCGUCCGCAUCUUCACUGCUGACAUCAUCUACCACCUCUUCGACCAUGGCAGGGGGUGUCUGAAGCGGUGCGGCGGUGGGGUGCAGGUGAAGGAUGCGGAGCAGGAGGCGGCCAAGGGCGAUGCGGUGUUCCCCUGCAUCCUCAAGAUCCUGCCCACCUGCGUCUUCAACGCCAAGGACCCCAUCGUGCUCGGCGUAGACGUCGUGGAGGGCAUCGCCAAGGUGGGCACGCCCAUCUGCGUGCCUUCUCAGGGCGGCGUGGAUUUGGGAAAGAUUGCGUCGCUGGAGCUGAACCACAAGCCGGUAGAUACCGCGAAGAAGGGCCAGUCCGUGGCCAUGAAGAUUGAGGCCCAGACCACGACUGAGGCCACCCGCCUCUACGGCCGCCAUUUUGACUUCAAGGACGAGCUGGUGAGCCGCAUCUCGCGCAAGUCCAUCAACCUGCUGAAGGAUCACUUCAGGGAGGACAUGAGCAAGGAGAACUGGCAGUUGGUCAUGAAGCUCAAGAAGGUGUUCAACAUCGACUGAGCGCCGCACCAGCGUCAGCAACCUCAAAGGCUGGCUGUUUGUAGUACACGAUGGGCUGGCCAGGGCUGACAAGAAGUGCAAUUUGAGCUGCGAGCAAAUUUUGAGCAUUUCCAAAUAAGAAUGUCAGGUUCUUGGCAGGCCCUACUGUUAUUGAGAAGAAGUAUCUAAGCAAGGCAUGCUUUGGACCAUGAAGGACAUAAAUAGCCUAGUAGCUGCUCAAUAAGGGACUCUUUCUACGUCGUCAGCAGUUUCUGGCUUCCUGCAGGUCACUGCCAUUGGAGAGCUCAUUCUAGUUAGGUCUCAUCUUGUACGACAAUUGCACAGCUAAAUGAGACUGAGGGUUUCUAUUACCGAGUUGUCAGGCAGCAAAGAAGGCGUCUAGUCUUCUCUGUUGUCUGGCAUAACAUUUGUAAACCUUACGUAUUGUG